AUGUGACCCUGGUCGUCCCUGAUACUUGCAAUAUACAAUCUUUUUUUUUUCUUGCACAGACAACAAAUACAGAAACUUAUUGGUUUCAUUUAUGCCACAUCAAUUAAAAACAGAAUCUGGUACAAAAUAUUUUUUUCCGUCUGCCACAUUAGGGCAGUUAAUAAUAAUUUAUUUUAUUAUUUACCAGGAAGGUCCCACUUGGAACGAAUCUUUGUGAUGUGGGGAAAAAAACUAGAGCACUCAGAGAGAACCCGCACGAAAACAGGGGGACCGGGGGCAUACAGACUCCGCACAAAGAGCACCCUAGUCGAGAAUCGAGCCAACAACUUCUUACAGUGGAGGCGAUAACGCAAAGCGUUGCACCACUACGCCGAUUGCAAACAAAAGACCAGGUUGUAGAAUACUAUACAGCUUUCAGCUUUACUACUGGAAAAGCAUUGAUUGGGACAGUGAACACCCAUUACAAUGGAAGGCAUCCAUUCGAAGAUGUCUGCACCAUUUGAGGACAGUGUAGAUGAUGGAACCACAGAAAAAGUAGACAUUUUGAAAGAGUCUGAGAAAGAGCCUUCCAUGAAUAAGGUGAAAGAAGAUUAUGAAACGGUUUCUUCCUUAGUCACCAGAAGUAUAGAAUCUGGAAAUCUACACAAGCAGUUAUUAUUUGGAAAGUAUCUAAAGUGUGAUAAAACAGCAACACCUCGUAAUUGUCAUCAGUCUAAGGGAAAAUGUAAAGACUGGCAUCUCUUUCACAUGGCUGCCCAUUUACAUGAGAGAGAGAAAUUAAAAUGCAGUAAUAGUUGUCAGAUUCAUAACUUCUCAAUUAAACAAGAUUUUCAACAACCAAGCCAUUCUGAAAAAGAAUUUUGCUCAAGUACUGACUGUAACAAGCAUUUCCAGUUACAUGAAAAUGUCAUAAAACGUCAUUGUUCUCCACAAAGUGAAAGCCCAUACAAAUGUUUUGAGUGUAAUGAGAGUUUUGUGUUGUUGAGUAACUUCAUAAAACAUCAGCAGACUUGUGCUGGAGAAAGUCCAUUUAAAGGCUCUGAAUAUGACAAGAGUUUAGAAGAGCAGAAUUUCUUUGCAAAGCAUCACCAAAGUCACCAUGGAGCAAGAACAUAUGAAUGUAGUGAAUGUGACAAAAGUUUUACUCAACUUUCAAACCUAAAAUCCCAUUUAAGAUGCCACACUGGAGAAAGGCCAUAUAUUUGCACUGAAUGUGAUAAGGGAUUUUCACAUAAGCAUAUUCUAGUAAAUCAUAAGCGAAUUCACUCCGGAGAGAGACCAUUUAAUUGUACUGAAUGUGGCAAAAGUUUUACUCGACUGUCAAUACUCAAGUCGCACCUACAAAUUCAUGCUAAAGGUAAGCAGUAUAAACAUACUGAAUGUAACAUGAAAUUUUCAGAAGAGACACUUAAGUACUCUUUGCAUUUUCAGAAUGUUAAGAAUGCUGAUAAUUGUAAAAGCAGAGUUAGUCAGCUAUCAUUUCUGCAGACUCCUGUCCAGAACCACAUUGACACAAAAUCGUAUUCAUUAACAAAAUGUGAGAAUACUUCUGUAAUGAAACAUGCUAAAGCCUUAAUUUUUCCCAGCCCUGAGGAAAAGUCUUACACAUGUAAUGAAUGCAACAAGAGUUUUACACGAUUGUCAAACCUGAAAUCCCAUCUACGGAGUCACACAGGAGAAAGACCUUACAAAUGUACUGAUUGUGACAAAGGAUUUACGCAUAAACACAUCUUAAUAAAUCAUCAAAGAAUUCAUUCUGGAGAAAGACCAUUUAAAUGUAUUCAGUGUGAUAAAAGUUUUACUCGACUUUCAAUUCUUAAAUCUCAUCUGCAAGGGCACAUUGAAGGGAAGCCAAGUAAGUGCAAUAAAAAUGAUAAUUUUAUUCAGUUUGACCAUCUCAGAAUAUACCCAGAGAAUCAAGUUAAGGAGAAACCGUACAAGUGUUUUAUAUGUGACAAGAGUUUUACUCAAUUGUCAAACCUGAAGUCCCACAUGCGAAGUCAUACUGGUGAGAGACCAUAUAGCUGUAAUGAAUGUGGCAAAAGAUUUACACACAAACACAUCCUAGUAAACCACAUGCGAAUUCAUUCCGGUGAGAGACCUUUUAAAUGUACAGAAUGUGACAAAAGUUUCACAAGGCUGUCAAUUCUCAAAUCUCAUCAUCAGCAGACCCAUAUUAAUGAAACACUGAGAUGGAGUGAUGAAAGUGAUGAAUGUUUUGGAGAACCAGUGGUAACAUUAGUAAACAAUCGGAAGCUUUUCUUCCACUCAGAGGUUGAGGUCUUGUCUCGUGCUGCGGACUCUGCUGUCACAGACACUCAGCAGAGUGAAAUUACUGCAUAGUGUCUGGGAGAAGAAAAAUGACUGAAGUUACUCAUGCACUUUUUCUGUAUUUAAAGGAAUUGUUUAAAAUAAGUUUUUAUUGUGAAACAAAACUGUCCUAUAAUUUGCAAAA